AUCUCUAAAUCUCAAUCAAUAUUCCAUUUCUUUUUUUUUUUUGCUCAUGUUUUCAAUCAUGCAUUUUGAUUGCAUGAGUGAAUGAUGAGUAUUAACUUGCGACAUGAAAUUUGCUUUAUGGUCACCACUGAUUUAAUGCUUGUCAAUUAUAACAUGUUGGUCUAACAAUGAUAUAUGCCAGUAUCACUUUUCUUAUCUUGUUUCCAGGGCAAUAAUGUACGGAGUGACUAAUCUGCCUAGGAGCUUAUCUACACAUAAACAGCAUUACUCCAAAAACAUAAUGCAGAGUCAUGCUGAUGUGCAGUAAACCACAGAAUGUGGAAAUAACUAGAAAAUCAUCUAUAAUAUGCCAGAUGACAAAUUUUCAACUUAGCUUUUAGAUUGAAAUAAAUCUAAAUAUAACAACUCAGUAGUGCAUGUAUGAAUUGUAUUGUAAUGAUUCAGGAAGGCCUUAAUUUGACACAGAGCAAAGUAAAUCAGUGACUCGAUGAAAAUAAUUUAAAGGCUAAGUACAGUUGGAAUAGACACAGAAGUCACACUGUAAACGCAUCUUAGUUGAGGUCUCCCUCUCAAAUAAUGAGGCUACAGAAACGAGGACGCCUGCUGCUGUUGCUGAAGCUCAUUGUUGUACUGGGAUCGCUAUGGAUGCUUAUCCUACUCAGUCACCCCAAAACAGGCUGGGAUCCUACCCACAUUCUUGGGUACAGGUGGUUGGAGUAUACAGAUGCUGAUGGCGGCCCAGAGAAAGUUUGCAACUGCUCAGCAAUCCUGCAGGGAGAGAAGGAGGCACUGGUGCAGGCUAAACUACUGUCCAUCACUAGAGAGUUCCACAAGAGUGUUCGGAUCCCCAAUGAGUAUUAUAUCAAGGCAACCCAAGACUGCAGGAAAUUCAGGAUAAGCAGGAAAUACAUAUCAUUCCCCUUAAGCCAGGAGGAAGAGGACUUCCCUCUGGCUUACUCUAUGGUUGUGCAUCAUAAGGUGCAGAACUUUGAGCGACUGCUGCGAGCCAUCUACACACCUCAAAAUAUCUACUGUGUCCAUGUGGACAAAAAAUCAGAGGCCUCAGUCUUCUCUGCCAUCAGGGCCAUUACCUCCUGUUUCCCAAAUGUCUUCAUGGUCAGCCAGGCUGUGGACGUGGUCUAUGCUGCAUGGCCACGUGUCCAGGCUGACCUUAACUGUAUGGCUGAUCUGUAUCACGCCAACAUAAAAUGGAAAUAUUUCAUCAACCUUUGUGGCCAGGAUUUUCCUCUGAAAACCAACUUGGAGAUUGUAAGGUUGUUGCGUUCACUGAGGGGCGGCAACAGCUUGGAGUCAGAAAAAAUGUCAGAACGAAAGAAGUGGAGGGUGUCAAAUGUUCACCAGAUAGUUGAUGGAAAAAUCCAGGGGAUAGGAAAGGCAAAGGAACCACCUCCAUUCAACCUGCCCAUUCUGUCAGGAAAUUCCUACAUUGUGGUUAACCGAGGCUACAUCCGCAGCGUGUUGGAGGACACCAGAGUACAGGCACUGAUCGAGUGGGCCAAAGACACCUACAGUCCUGAUGAGUUCCUCUGGGCAACUAUUCAGCGAAUCCCUGGCGUUCCUGGAUCAACAUGGCCCAACCCCAAAUAUGACAUGACUGACAUCAAUGCGAUUGCACGACUGGUGAAGUGGCAGUGGCAUGAGGGGCCACAGGGUUCGCUGCAGGCGGUGUACCCAGAGUGUCACGGUAACCAUGUCAGGGCAAUAUGUGUGUAUGGUGCUGGAGACCUGCAGUGGAUGCUUGAGCAGCAUCACCUCUUUGCCAAUAAGUUUGACGUAGACACAGAUUCGAUUGCUGUCUACUGCUUGGAGAAGUAUCUGAGACAAAAGGCACUGGCUGAGUUAUAUUAGAUGUAGUUUUCUGCACUUUUCAAUGUUAAAAUUAUAUUCCAGUGUGAUAAAAGCCAAAGUGAUAAGAAAAACACAACCACAAUAACUUGAUAAAGUUAGGUUUAAGUUUCUGUCCAUCAGUUUUUCACAUGCAUUAGCUAAAAAAGCCCAGAAAAAAGUCUCUGUGCAAUAUCAAUGUGAGUGGAGAGAAUGACUCUUCACUCACAGUCCCCAUGAAACCUGACAGAGUUUGAGCAGCUGCAUAAAGAAAAACAAGGAAAAUGUUUAGUGUCCAAAUGUAUAGCUGAUAUGAACCAUUGCACAUACACUAAAGCAAAUUGCUUUAAGCAAAAGGAUGUUAAAGCAGUGAUGUGCUUUUAUAUGAGAUUAAUUUGUAUUCACUUUGGUAUUCAUGAGCAGACAAUUUAAUUCACUGUGAUUCAAUAUUACAAGUAAAACCAAAAGUCACUGUCAACAGGGUACUUUUCAUUAUUAUAUAGUGUGCAUUGUAGUGUAUGGCAUAUUUUUUGAAAAGACAUUUGAGGAGGAACACAUCUUUAAUGGAGUAAAACAUUUGACAUAUUUUACAACAAAUGAAUAUCUUGCAAGCCACAAACAAAUGUAUACAGAUAUCAGAAAAAGCUAAUAAAAGUCGACACACCCAUACCUGCGCAGUAGGCGCUCGCUAUACCGUACCUCUCUCACCAUCAGUCAACAUAUAGAAUUUCUUUUGACCCCAGUGAUCACAGCAAUCUCAAACAGCAGCAACUGAAAGCAUGCAACACAUUACUGCAGCUACUAAUAACUGAUAAUUUAUUACCUUUAUUAUCGGAAAUAUUUCCACAGUGAUAUACAGUGUUAAUAGCCUACUGAGAGCGUUUUAAGGAUUGUAUGAGAUAGUGACAAAAUGUAAAAACCUGCUGUGGCAGGAGCCGCCUUCUCUUUCAUAAGAUAUUCAAAAAACAGCUUGGUCAUUCUGCUAUGUGCCAUGAAAAACAUAACUCGUUCAGUACAAUGAUUCUUUUCUGUCUGUUUUUGUUAAGUUUUCUGUAGUGGCUCCUCUGCUCUGGAAUAGCCUGCUGGAGGCCAUUAGACAGGGUGAAACUAUUAAUGCUUCUAAGAUGCACCUUAAGACCCACCUUUAUUCUCUGGAUUUUAAGUGUGUUUAAUCCUUUCUUAUUUUUAUCUCAUUCCUUGGGUUUUAAAUGAACUUUCAAUUUCAAUUUUGCUUUAUUUCCUCAUCUGUUAUUCACUUACAUGCCUUUAUGCUUGUAUGUGUAUACAUGUAUAUCCGUCUUUGAAAAGCACUUAGGUGCAAAACACUUUUGCUUUUUAAAGUGCUUUAUAAAUGAAAUAAACUGAAAUUAAAGCUUGACUACUAAAAUUACAGUCUAACUAUAGUAUUCCUUAACAUUACAGUCUACUGACAGAGCUAGAGUACAGUAGCAUCCCAACUGUCCAGGGAACACAGCAGAUGGACUGUAACGCAACUUCUGUUUGCAUGUUAUUGGUUAGUAUGCAAGAGUCAUAAGCCUUG